CGUAAUAUGAAGUAGGCCUCCUGUUUUCCUCCCCGAGCCGGAGUCCUCCUGGCCGCCGCCGCCGCCGCCGCCGCCUCCUCCGCGCUCCAUGCGACGCCACGACCGAGCGAGCCGCACCACAAGCGAGGGCGAAGGACUCGGCGAGGUGAGGUGUGGCUCACACACAAAAGGACAGCCUGAGUAACCACGCCAGCGUCAAAAGGGCAUUCCAGUGAGUUUCCAUGACCACCAUGGCUUUCCUGUGGUCUGGUGACCCCUGAUGACUUUGGCAUCAGAACUGACCCCAAACCGUUUCCUCCAGCAAGCCCUGAGAAAAGACAUUAACUCACGCCGUGCAUGAGCUGCAGUGGGGUGGACUUCCAAAUGCCUACCUCACGCCAAAAGAGCCAGUCACCACAUCCACAGCCCUGAUCAGCAGCCACCAUGACAUCAAGCAUAGGGGAUGAUUGUAGCAUCUUUGAUGGGUUGAUGGAAGAAGAUGAAAAGGACAAAGCAAAACGCGUGUCCCGUAACAAGUCAGAGAAGAAGCGGCGAGACCAGUUUAAUGUCCUCAUCAAGGAACUUGGCACCAUGUUGCCAGGCAACACCAGAAAGAUGGACAAGUCCACUAUCCUGCAGAAAAGUAUCGACUUUCUGUGUAAACACAAAGAAAUUGCUGCCCAGUCUGAGUCUAGUGAGAUCAGACAGGACUGGAAGCCUCCAUUUCUUAGCAAUGAAGAGUUUACCCAGCUGAUGUUGGAGGCUUUGGACGGCUUCUUCAUAGCAAUAAUGACUGAUGGGAACAUCCUUUACGUGUCAGAGAGUGUUACCUCAUUACUGGAACAUCUUCCUGCGGACUUGGUGGACCAGAAUCUGCUAAAUUUCCUGCCAGUUGGUGAACACUCAGACGUGUACAAAGCCCUGUCGACACACCCCAACGACCUGGAGACCGUCACGUCCGAUUAUUUAAAGAGUAAGAACUACAUGGAAUUCUGUUGUCACAUGCUGCGAGGGUCCAUCGACCCGAAAGAAUCUCCAGUCUAUGAAUAUGUGAGCUUCAUUGGCAACUUCAAGUCGCUAAACAAUGUUCCCAAUGUGACGAGGAACGGUCUGGCAGGUGUGUUACAGCGCUCGCUGCAGCCUGCCUUUGACGACCAGGUGUGCUUUGUGGCCACUGUACGGCUCACCAAGCCUCAGUUUAUUAAGGAAAUGUGUACAGUAGAAGAGCCCAAUGAAGAAUUCACAUCCAGACACAGUCUGGAAUGGAAGUUCCUAUUUCUAGACCACAGAGCUCCACCCAUCAUAGGCUACCUGCCGUUUGAGGUUCUGGGAACUUCGGGUUACGACUACUACCACGUGGACGACCUGGAGACGCUUGCCAAGUGUCACGAACACUUGAUGCAAUACGGCAAAGGGAAGUCUUGCUACUACCGCUUCCUGACCAAAGGUCAGCAGUGGAUAUGGCUGCAGACGCACUACUACAUCACCUACCACCAGUGGAACUCUCGGCCCGAGUUCAUUGUCUGCACACACACAGUCGUCAGCUAUGCAGAAGUGAGGGCAGAGCAGCGGAGGGAGCUGGGCAUUGAAGAGUCCAACCCACAGGUGGCCAUGGAUAAGAGCCAGGAUUCUGGUUCAGAGCUGAACACAUCCAGCCUGAAGGAGGCAUUGGAGAGGUUUGACCGCAGUCGGACAGCCUCAACCUCUUCCAGAAGUUCCCGCAAGUCUUCAUCACAUGUAUCCGACAACACCUGCACCUCCUCCAAGAUACACAUGGACACGGCCACACCUCCGCGACAGUCCCUGGCCUCAACCAUGGAGGUGACGUCACAGCGCCGCUCGUCCAUUAGCAGCCAGUCCAUGACCUCUCAGACUACCAGCCAGAGUGUCACUCCAGCCAUGAUCACGCAACAACAACAGCAGCAGCAACAACAAAAGCAACAGCAGCAGCAGCAACAACAACAACAACAACAACAACAACAGCAACAACAACAACAGCAGCAGCAGCAGCAGCAGCAACAACAACAACAACAGCAGCUGCAGGCAAAUGUACAGCCGGUGAUGGAGUUCUCGGCGCAGGUGAACGCUAUGCAGCACCUGAAGGAGCAGCUGGAGCAAAGGACCAGAAUGAUCCAGGCCAACAUUCAGCGGCAGCAAGACGAGCUAAGAAAUAUCCAGGAGCAGCUGCAGAGAGUCCAGGGCCAGGGUAUCCAAAUGUUGCUGCAGCAGCAGGGGGGAGCCAUGAACGUGCAGCUUCCCCAGGUGGGGCCGGUCCAGCAGACCACUGCCCUGAGCGCUCAGGUCCAGCAGGCGGCCAUCAACCCCGUCCAUUCGGGAACGCAGCAGCUCGCUAUCCAGCAGCAGCAGGCCCCUCCCCCUCAGCAGAGCCUUCAGCAGCAGCAGGCCCAACGACAGCCUCAGCAGCCUCCCCAGCCUCAGCCGCAGACCCAGAACUCUGUGCCGGCCCCGCUCUACAACACCAUGAUGAUCUCCCAGCCGGGCCAGCCCAACGUGCUGCAGA